ACAUGAUAGAAUCUGCUUCAAAGCUAUAUAAUUUCAGGCAAGUCAUGCUUUCAAAUCAAAGGGUUCCAACUCUGGUGGUGGGAAAAGGAAAAGCCACUUUAAUUCAUCUGCUGUGUUCAAAAAAGUAAAAGCAACGUCAUGGUCACUUAUGGGGAGAGGUAUUUGUUACUGAACGCAGUCAUGGCAUUUACAAUAAUGGUUGUGUGCUCAUCCUCAACAACUGUGACAGAGAACUCUGCUGAAAACCCUGACACACUUAAGGGAUUUGAAGAGUAUAAUGACACAACAGACAACAAUUCAGAGAUGCCUCGUGUUCUAGAACUUCUAAGCCCUUGUACUGAGAAUGACCAGAGCUUCUGUAUGAAUGGCAUUUGCAGUUACCAGAGAGAACUCAGUACACCAACUUGCAGAUGUCAUAAAGACUACACUGGAGAAAGAUGCCAGCAUCUGCUCUUGGAUUCUCACACAGAAGAAGGCCCAGAGAAAUUUAUCGCCAUUGGAGUUGGCAUUUUAUUGCUGAUUGGUGGCACGAUCGGGGUUCUCUACUGUUGUUUUAAAAAAAGAUGCAAGAAACAAAAGUCUCCAUACCAGAUCUGCCAUCCAGACAACUCGGUAUGAAGACAUAAAAGGGGAUGCUGACGAGUGUCAAAAUCCUGAGCUCAUCUCAAUAGCUUUUGACAUAACAACUUUAUAUGACUUUUGAGUUUUAAAGUGUCUAGAAAGCUCCUGACAUAGACCAUCUCCUAUAGCUCUUUGGAAGUAUGUCUCUCUAAAUGAUGUGUUCAAGGGAAGGGAAGGGAUUCAGAAAUUUUGACCCAUGGAGUUAUUCUCCAUUAGUUUAUAAGCGCUCUACAGCAUUGUUUAUUGUUUAUCAAGGUGCGACAAAUGUUCAAGAUGUAGCUAAUCAUUUAAAUUCUAUCACUCUUACCUGGAAUGCAUUGCUAUUGUAUAGGUUGGAAUCAUGUUCUGGGCUUUGAUAGGAAAACACAUUAUGGGAAACAUGGGUUUUGAACUCAAUAUUAGGAAUCACUCUAGCAAGACAUAUUUUAUUUAUCUAAAGCUUCCAGUUGGCAAUCCUUCUCUUGUGUUUUCUGUAGUCAGCUGCAUCAACAAUGUGGUACUGCUGAGCACGGAUGGACACUCUGUUUUCAAUUAAUUGUUUAAUUUGUAGUUUCCUCCAAUGAUUGUCAUAUCCAAUACGUUUUGACAUUUAGAGACACUGUCUGUCCUGUCUCACCUUUAGCAGGUUAGUGAUGAUGUUAACACAAGAGGAGAAAUGUUGCGAGGUGAAUGCUUUUCUGGAUGUUAGGUUGAUAAGUUUUUGGAAAAUCUAUACAAGACCUAUAAAACAAAUGGCAAUUCACUCCAAGUAAGAGUGUUUCAAUUAUUUUCAUUAGCUUUAAAUCCAUACAGAACAUAUUAGAAGAGCACAGUAGAACUUUUAAUUGGACAGCAAUGAUCUAACAUUGUGCAGUCCUUUUUAUAUGAGACCAUCUGGCAUAGUGUUCUCAAAAAUUGUAUAAAUAAUACUGUUCUCAAAAAUUGUAUAUAUAUUAUUGGACAUCAAGUGCCCUUUAGAAUAACAAUUAAUUUUCUGUUUCUGAUCUAACCUUAGAAAUAAUUCAUUUGUUUAAUAAGCACAACAUAUUGCCACUGAAAACAAUUAGCUUGGAUUUGCUGUUAUAAGUUUAUAUGGAGUUGUAUUGCUUACAGCAAUACACAUUGGUGCUUCUUCUGACAUACAUGCUGCUCAUAUGUACAAGCUCACAUUCUGUACCUUUUAUUUUUGAAAUUUAACCUUGAUCUUCCCAAACAAGCCAAUCUUAUCUGCAGCUAAGCAGGCUGAAACUUGCUGGCUUGAAUUUUUAACAUACCGAGAACUCGUUUUGUUCAUAAAGAAAGAAUUUAUGAUUUGGCGUAAGAGCUUUAAAUGAAUUUGAACAGGGAUGUUUUGAAAAUGUAAUUUCUCACAUAAUUUGUUGAAUGUGUCAUAUUAACAGUACAAUAUCCACUGCUCUUGUGUAAUUGUUAUGCUGUAGUUUGUUUGUGUGAUCUAAAUAAAUUAACAGAGUAAUGCGCACCAUGGAAAAGUGACAGUGAAAAAGACCCUCACAUCAUACAAGCCUACUUGAUUCAAAUAUAAAAGACUGGUGAAAAAGGAAAUAACCUGGCAGAGCUGAAAUAUAAAACAUUUAGGGUUGAAAACAAGAAGUCCAUCACGUCCAUUAAAAAAAUAUUACCUUGAGUGAGUCACCAUUCUUUGUGUAAUGUAUGCACCUUUAAUGUUUAACACAAGAUUUAUAUGUGUUUAUGUGUUAUUUUUUAUUUAUUUGGUACCUUAAAUUAAUGUAAAUCAUAAGCUUAGUAAUGUAGAAUACAUAACAAUCAUAUUUAAGCCAAGAUCCAAUAUGCAAUGUGUCUAUAUAAGAAGAAUUUAGUAUGUGUUCACAUGUGAAACAAUAUUGGGUGGCAAUAUUGUUUAAAAUAAAUUGAGAUGUGUUUUUUUUUUUUUUUUUUUUAUUAUUGGUUUGUAAACAUUUUCUAAUAAAGCUUAGGCGACAGGCUGCUGUCUCUAUGAA